AUAAAGUACUGAGAAAAAGGUUUGCUGAAAUUAGAGAUCAAAUACCAAUUCUGAGCGUCAGAAGCUCUACUUCCCAUUGAAAUGCUGCUUCUGCCACUUCUGUUGCUAGCAGUUAUUGUCCCAGGUGGUGACAAUGAGGAUGCAUUCCAGGGGCCAACCUCCUUCCAUGUCAUCCAGAUUUCGACAUUUGCCAACAGCACUUGGGCUCAAAAUCUCGGCUCAGGCUGGUUGGACGAUUUGCAGAUUCAUGGCUGGGACAGUGACUCAGGCACUGCCAUUUUCCUGAAGCCCUGGUCGAAGGGCAACUUCAGUGAUGAGGAGGUGGCUGAGCUGGAGGAACUAUUCCGAGUCUACCUCAUUGGAUUUAUUCGAGAAGUGCAGGACCAUGUCAGUGAAUUCCAGUUGGAAUACCCCUUUGUGAUCCAGGGCAUAGCAGGCUGUGAGCUGCAUACUGGUAAGGCCACAAGAAGCUUCUUGCAAGGAGCUUUAGGAGGCCUGGAUUUCGUGAGCAUCAAGAAUGAUUCAUGUGCGCCUGCCCCAGAGGGCGGCAGCAAGGCCCAGCGUUUCUGUGCACUCAUCAUUCAGUACCAAGCCAUCUGUGAUACUGUAGCCAAGCUCCUCUUAGAAACCUGCCCUCGGUAUCUCCUGAGUGUCCUUGAUGCAGGGAAAGCAGAACUGCAGAGGCAAGUGAAGCCUGAGGCCUGGCUGUCCAGUGGCCCCCCUCCCCGGCCUGGCCGCCUGCGGCUGGUCUGCCACGUCUCAGGAUUCUACCCAAAACCCGUGCGGGUGACGUGGGUGAGGGGCGAGCAGGAGGAGCCUGGCACUCAGCAAGGAGACGUCAUGCCCAACGCAGACUGGACGUGGUAUCUCCGGGUAACCCUGGAUGUGGCGGCUGGGGAGGCGGCUGGCCUGAGCUGCCGAGUGAGGCACAGCAGCCUGGGAGACCAGGACAUCAUCCUGUACUGGGGACACUCCACCUCCAUUGGCUUGAUACUUGCGGUAAUAAUGGUGGUAAUCAUCCUUUUGAUAUGUCUUGCAUUGUGGUUUUGGAGGCGCUGGUCAUAUCAGACUAUCUUGUGAGCCCCUCACCGUCUCCUUUUCCAUUUGGAACAAGUACCCAGGAACCCAGAAACUCAAGUGGUCAGCCUAGUAGUCAAUUUCAUCAUAUUUCAUCAAAUAAUCAUCUGAUCAAAUCAGAGUUCCUACAGAUUGUAAGAUCAGAAACAGAAUUAAAGUUGUUUAUAUAUUAUAAGACAAUAUUAAUAUUAGGAUCUGCUCAGAUUUCUUGGAUGUGAAAUGUGGAAAAGGAUAUACCUUGUAAUAAAUGAAAUGAUGUACACAA